GCUCACUUUCAGCGCACCACAAGAAAAAGGUUCGCCCUCCCUGGCCUAGGCUGCCUCCUGCCUCCUCCCCCGCCUUCCAUGCCUCUAGGCUGCCUCUGACUUGAUCUUUCUCUUCGCAGCUGAUGGACGUCAGUCUGGAUCUCUGGAAGGCCUACAGUAAAGUGGAUCCCAAUUCUUUGGAGAGCUUACUUGACGAGGAUUUGAUGACUUUUGAACAUCAGUGGGCAAACUUCUUUGCCAAUUUUGACACUGAAAUUCCUUUCAUGCUGGAACUCUCAGAAUCCCAAACAGGAGAGCCAUUCCGAAGUUACUUCAGCCACGGGUUGAUUUCAAGCCAUAUAACAGAUAACAGCCCCAGCAGGCAACCGUUUGUACUCUUUGGCACCCACUCAUCCAGAGAAAAUCUGAAUUCGGGCAAUUUCAGCUUCCCCUCGGAAGGGCACCUGCUUCGCAACACGGGCCUGGCUGGCAGCCUCGCCAAGCACAUGGUGGUGCAGUGUGUCUCUCCCAAGGGGCCCCUGGCUUGUUCCAGGACCUACUUCUUCGGUGCCACUCACACUCCUUACCUUGGUAAGUCCAGCCACUAAACCAAGAUUUCUCACCUGGCUGAUUCCUGAGC